AUGACAAUGAAAACUUUAGAGGAGCCAUCACGGAAAUCAAUAAAUGAUGGAAUUACGGGUACCGUAGGAACACCUCCAGAAACGCCACCACCACUUCCGGAAUCACCGUGUCCUGCGUUAUCCUCUCGAAAGACACCACUUUCUACUCCAUUUUCAAUUGAUACAUCGAGUGCGCAUACACUUCGGAAAGGUUGGUUAAUGCUACGAGGUAAAGGAGCUUUUGACUGGACGAAGCAUUGGGUGGUAUUGGCUGGCCUUUCACUCAAACUGUAUAAAGAUGUCUGGGCUGAAGAUUCUGCUGAACCGUUGCUUUCUGUUGAUCUCAAUGAAUGUGAAAAUGUUUAUCCAUCAGCUUCUGCUAAAAAUUAUGGCAUUGAAAUUAAA